CCACAUUCCGACGGGUUUGACGAUUCGAAAAGACACCGGAUUGCAGCAUCAUGUUACCUUGCCUACCGUUACCUUGAAGGGAGAUGCACUCUACGAACAGCAGGGACGUCAUAUUAAAGGGCUGAAGACUGGGAGCGCGACUGCUAUUCGACGGAAUAGCAGCAGGACGGCACGGACAGACGGAUUCCUCUACAAGGACCGACUGCACAGAGGGUACACUCUAAAUUCAAGGAGGAAAGCGACUGGAUCGCUGGAUAUAAAGAUAUUACUUGAUCAUGGAUCUGUAUGCCAACCUUUCAGAUGAUGGUGAGGUUGAUCACUCGUUUUUUGAUAGCGAUGUUGAUGAGGAAGUCAAACAAGAAUCCAACAUCACCUCAGGGGUGGGUAAACAAGAAGAAAGGGAAAAUAAAAAUGGUUCUUGCUUAAAAGUGAAAGAAGAUAUCAGCGAUGAAAUGCAAGGUUCAAAAAAUGAAGUAAAUGAUAAAGACAGAGAAGAAAAGCAAGUUUAUGAUAAUAUAGAGUUGUCAUCUUCUGCUACUGCCAGACCUGCAAGUGCGAUAAAAUCUGGCAGAAGCUCAGUACAAAGCUUAAGAAUCGAAGCAGUUAUUCCAACAGGAAUUCCAAAAAUAAGGAGAGAAUUUGAGGACAAUUAUUAUCCAGAUGAAGAUGAUAGUAGUGACGAGGAGAGACCAAAUUUGAGACCUAAAACGGCAAAACAAACAAACAUUGGGAAGAAAAGUACAGGAAAGUACAAUCGGAACGUCACCUCUUCCAUCUCUAGCUCAGAUACAGAGUACUCAGAUACUGGGACAGAUGAUGGUACAUCUAAGUUGUCUUAUCAGUCUUCAAAGGAGAGCGGGUCCACCAUGCACUCCCCUGAGAGAAAGCUUACAAAGCCGACUGUGAAUGACUUGAGGGACUAUGGUGAGGAAUCAGAAGAUACGGUCACAGAUGUUACACCUCUUUCAACACCUGACAUUAGUCCCAUCCAGUCAUUUGACCUUGCAGCUGCUGGUAAAAUUCAACGACAGGGAAACGUCAGUCAAGAGGUGUAUGACUCUGAUGACAAAUCUACCCAGAAGACCUAUCAGGAUGCAAUGGAGCUAAACCAGCUUCUAAAAGCAUUCAUGCACAUAGAUAAAAAAGAACAGACGCAUCUGGACGUUGAACAACCAGUGACCCGGCACAAAAAGAACUUCUCUUUCUCCAAUGAGGAGGUGAGGCAUAUUGACCGGGAAAAUCAGAGACUGCUGAGAGAGUUAUCCAGACAGGCAGCAAAACCGCGGAACAAGAACCUCACUCCUAAAAAGCCCUGCAACGUCCCAACCCGGCUGUACCACACUGCACUGAAUAGGCAGAGGGAGCAGCAACGCAUUGAAAGGGAAAACAUGGCUUUACUGAAAAGACUGGAAUCUGUAAAGCCCACAGUUGGCAUGACCCGCUCUGAGCAAUUCCUGGACUACCAGCGCCAGGCAGGAUAUCUGAGCUCUACUGCAUCAUCCCCUAGGCCAGGGAAGGCUUCUGUAAGCAGACUCAGUCCAUCCUCUUCAGGUGCUUUCUCGAGGGUGUCCAGUGCAAGCAGCCAGCGGAGCGAUAGGAUUGGUUCCUCUGCAGCUUUACUAAGACCUACGAAAUCCAGAAAUGUUCGAGCAGCAUGGAUGUGAUUGCCCAAAUGUGUUCUUUUUGCAAAUUAUUUCUCAAAUCAGUGUAAUACCGCACUUACUGCUGCUAUUGUGAAAUUCAUUAUUUUUAUGGAUGAAUUAUAUAUUAUGUGGUGUGAUGUAUAUUUUAUAUUUUUGUUUUGUAUAUUUUGAUAAUGUUAUUCCAAAAUGUAAUUAUUUAUAAAGAAUAAUUGUAUGCAGAGUUUUUCUCUGUGUCCUUUUCUUCUAUUUUGUCUUGGGAUUGCUGAAUUCUAACUGAUUCUUUAUCACUGUACGACUCUUUCAGACAGGUAACUAUAAUAAUCUUUUAACGAAGAUAUAAUCUUAUUCCCACUUUUUUUUCCUUUGACAAUCAUUUAUCUUGACGUUGUCGUACUAUUAAAAAUAAUUAUGUAGCCUA